UAUUUUGUUUUUGCUUAGUAACGUCAUCACGCCGCGCCGCGCUCCUGCUUCUGUUUUUAUCCGGCUGGAGAAAGAGACUCCAUGAGACCCGUGAAUGUGUAAUUCUGAAGAUGGCGUUGAUUAAAGAGGAAUGUGAAGACGUGAGGAUUGAAGAAGCUUUCAGAGUCAGAGAUGAAGAUGCGGAGGAACAGACAGAUCUGCUGGUGCUGAAGAAAGAGACAGAAGAUCUGGAGGACACUAAAGGGAAAGACCCGUUCGGGAGAGAAGAACUGGAUGACACAGAAGAGAAAGACCUGUUAGAGGAGCGUCAGGACUUCACCAGCACACACGCAGCAGCUGAGGAGAGCGAGGACUCCAUCAGGUUGUGCUGUCCGCAGUGUGGAAAGAGCUUCAGCAACAGGGGGAACCUGAAACUGCACCUGAUCGUCCACAGUGGGGAGAAGCCCUUCAUCUGCCGGCUGUGUGGAAAAAGUUUCUCCAGGAAAGGUAGCCUGAAGACACACAUGAGCAUCCACAGCGGCGAGCGGCCACACACCUGCUCACAGUGCGGACGCACCUUCAACCUUAAGGGGAACCUGCGGGCUCACUUCAAGGUGCACACCGGCGAGAAGCCCUUCACCUGCGCAUGCUGCGGAAAGAGCUUCACACGCAGAGAUAUCCUGAACAACCACAUGACCGUCCAUCUGCGGGAGAGCUGUGUGACAUGCCACCAGUGCGGCAUGAGCUUCAGUAAACACGCUAACCUGAAGGUCCACAUGAGAAUCCACACAUGACGGAAGACUGAGACCAUCGACAAGCUUUCGGAGAUGAAGCGGCUCUUUAUACAGCUGUGGAAACCAGACAGAGAUGCCUCUGAACACAGCGCUCAACUCAACACCCACUCUCAAUCUGACCUCUGAACUCGACUCUGAACUCUUGAACUCGGAGUUCUUGCACUGGUCGGGUGUUUUUUAUCAGAUGCUGAUGGUUUGGAGGCACUGGCUGCAGAAGGACUAGACUAUUCAGCUUAAUCAGUGCUGUGUUUACAGCGGGGAUGGACAGUAACAGAAGUGUGGAUGUAGAGAAAUAUCUUCAUUCGCCUUACAGACACUCCACUCAAUCACUUACGACUGCAUGACUGACACUGUGCUUUAAACGAUGAUUUAUCAGGAGUCAACAGAGAGUAAUAAACCACAUAUGAUUUAUGUGUCCGAUGGCCUUCCAGCUGCAACCCAGUGCUGGAAAACACCCAUACACGCUCAUUUAUUCACCAUUGUUGGACAGUGGGGGAAACCAGAGCAACCGCAGGAAAACCACAACAACACUGGCAGAAAUGCCUCCUGCCCAGCCGCUGAGCCUCUAGAGCAGGGGUGUCAAACUCAAUUCCUGGAGGGCCGAAGCCCUGCACAGUUUAGUUCCAACCCUGCUCCAACACACUUACCUGU